GAUCCUGGCCACUCUUCUGUCGCCGUCCUUCCGUGCCGCAUCAUGGAAUUGCUCAUCUUCGUUUCGUUGUGUGUAGCUGUCAACUCAGCGCCCCAUUUCCCAUUGUUGAUGGGGCCCCCGAUGCUGGUGGCGCCGCCGUACCUACAUUACGACUACGGGGGCUACCAGCCCCGCCCUGCUGUGUUCGCGCCUCAGCCGCCCCGUCGACGUGUCGCUCCAGCCACAACCUCGCCACCAUUGGUCUCCAACACUGUCACCUUCACACUAGACCCUCAUGCUGACCCUGAUGAUACUUUUGAAGUCGCUCAGUUUCAUUCUCAGGAUGCUGCUGGUAGAGUGGUGUUUGGCUUUAACACUCCGGACCAGUCAAGGAUGGAGGCUAGAGCUCUGGAUGGGUCUGUCAGAGGAUCCUACAGCUACCAAGACCCGACUGGCAAAACUGUCAAGAUGCACUACUGGGAUGACGGAGCCGGGUUCCACACAGUGGGCAACAAUCUUCCAGCCUCUUACUACGCCUCACCUCAAUACACACCUGAGGUACAGGCUGCCAGGGAGAGGCACUUCCUGCUGUACAGACAGGCACUAGCCUCCGCCAUGGCCCAGAGUCCCGGCUCGUACGAAGACGACGAUACUGAAUCAGCUGGUUCGUCAGUGUCAGAAGACAGUACAGAUGCCUCGGUCUCAAAGCCUGAAUCAACGUCAAGCCCAGCCAACCAGGAGGCUGACGACAGUCAAGGCGAGAACGUUGAGGAUGAUUCUGACUCAGCCGAGAAUGGUUCAGUGACUAUCGAAAAUCCUGACUUCUCUCCUCUCAGAAUCAAAGCAGCUGAGAGGAAAGGGGAGGCAGAAGCUGAUAGGAAACAGGUAGCUCAGCUACCAGUGACGGAUCUACACCUGGAUCAUUCCUCGGGUCUGGCUAUAGCCCGCACUGGCUUAGACGGAUUCCAAUACCUCGUCCCGAUACCCGACCCAGCCCAGAGCCUGUCUGAGAGUCAUCACGCCUCACUGUACGGAGCAAUCCCUGUAGCAGCAGUGCAUGACACCCAGGUUUCCCCGUCGCAGCGGAACAGUCAACUAGACGAUCAUCAGGUCAAACCUGUACUCAUCAGAACUGCUCCCAUUAUUGCUUACUGAGGCUCAAGACUGGUUUUUCUACUUUAGAUAACUAUAUUAAAGACAAGAAAAAAGUUAAGUUAUCUAAAUAAACAACAAAAUUUAUUUUGGGUCUUUGCAACAAUAAGAUUUGAUUUAAAUAAGAAAAUUUAUGAUAUAAGUUUUUUUAGAUUUUUUAAAUAUGGAGGAGUAAGGGGAGAACAUAUACGUUAUAAUUAAAGGGCAGAAGAAAACAUACAGGAUUUGUUUCUAAUAGAGAUAAGUUCUUUGGUUUUCUUCUUUAUUUGGGGAAACGGGAAAAGAAUGGUUUUAGACCGAGUUGUUGUAAAUAGUUAAUUUUUGGAGAUAGUAGUGCAUUGGCUUUUAAAAAUAUGCAAACUAUAGCCUAUGUUUUUCUAGUUUUCUUUCUUUGUAUUAUAACCAAAGUAAGAAUUUGGUGGAGACCAAAUUUUAUUGCCUAACUUUGAUUGAUAAUUUGUGUAUUAAUCUGUAAAGGAAUUUGGAAUUUGUGUUAAGAUAUUAACAACUUUAUGCUCAGUUUAUAUAAAAUAAACUUAUUCAUUAAAUGAAUUG